AUGAAUAAAAUUAUUACCCUUACAUCAGAUUUAUCUCGAUUAAGAGUACAUCCUAAAGAAAAUCACAUAUUUUCCUGUGGUGGAAAAGAACAUCAAUUUGCAAAAAAUGAAAAUGAUUUCUUGGAUCUUAAAGUUCCAGUAUGGAUUACUGAUUUACAAUUUCUUAAUGAUUCGGAUACAACAAAACUUGUAAUCGGUUCUAAAUAUCAUCAGAUUAGAAUUUAUGAUACAAAAGCGAAACGUAGACCAGUGCAGGAUUUUAACAUUGGUGUCAAUCCCGUGGUAUCAUUAAUUAUGGGUCGAAAUUCAAAUGAAAUAAUCUUUUCAGAUACAGUUGGUAGUGUUUCCUCUGUAGACAUUAGAACUGGAAAGAUUCUUGGAAGAUAUAAAGAUAAAAAAUCAACUUCAUUAGUAACUGUAUGUCUGGAUCGAUUCCUGCGUGUACAUGAAAUGAAUGCAACGCGUAAAUUAACACAUAAAAUAUAUCUCAAACAACGUCAAACAUGCGUCUUGGUUGGUAGUUCAGAAGGAUGA